ACCGGGCGGGUAAUGUUGGGAGAGAGGAACUGCUGAACCGUUUGAAAGGAAACGUCGAUUGGAGCUGGAGCAGUGAGUGACGUUAUCUGGUGGGAAGAGGGAGGGAGAAGAGAGACGGCUGGACUCCAUUAGCUGAAGCCAGGAGGCACUUUGGGAUACUUCAAUUGGACGCGUUUUUUGGGAUAUUCUCUUUGAAAAGACCCAGAUAGUCUACAUUAUUUAGAAAAUCUGGUUGACUAUCGAAACCUCGGAAGUUUAAGUGGCUUUUUGGAUUUGGUUGGUGUAUUUGAGAAGGAUGGCGCUGGACGGUAUACGGAUGCCCGAUGGCUGCUAUGCGGACGGAACGUGGGAACUGAAGAUGCACGUGACAGACCUCCAUAGGGACGUGUCUCUGAGGGUCACCGGUGAGAUCCACAUCGGUGGGGUCAUGCUCAAACUCGUGGAGAAGCUCGAUGUGAAGAAGGACUGGUCGGACCACGCCCUGUGGUGGGAGAAGAAGAAGACGUGGCUGCUGAAGACCCACUGGACCCUGGACAAGUAUGGUAUCCAGGCAGACGCCCGUCUCCUCUUCACCCCCCAGCACAAGCUGCUGCGCCUGCAGCUGCCCAACAUGAAACACAUGAAGGUCAAGGUCAACUUCUCCGACCGCGUCUUCAAGGCCGUCUCUGACAUCUGCAAGACUUUCAACAUCCGUCAUCCAGAGGAGGCGUCUCUGCUGCGUAAGCCCCGCGACCCCAAGAAGAAGAAGAAAAAGCUGGAGGAGGCUGAGGAGGCGGCUCUGGAGCUGGAGGGGCCACUGCUCACCCCUGGAUCAGGUACCUCUGAGAUCAUUUACAUUGGUCCGGUCAAAGGAAGCAUCUACUCCAGUCCAGGCCUGUACAGUAAGACCAUGACCCCCACUUAUGACUCCAGAGACGGCAGCCCCCUGUCCCCCACCACCGCCUGGUUCGGAGAUAGCCCCCUUUCUGAGGGCAAUCCCAGCAUCCUUGCUGUCAGCCAGCCAAUAUCCUCGCCCGAUAUCCUGGCUAAACUCUACAAGUCCCAGUCCCUCCUGGACAAGGCCAAGAUCAACCAGGGGUGGCUGGACUCGUCCAGGUCUCUGAUGGAGCAGGAUGUCAAGGAGAACGAGGUGCUCCUCCUGCGGUUUAAAUACCACAGCUUCUUUGACCUCAACCCCAAGUACGAUGCCAUCCGGGUGAACCAGCUCUAUGAGCAGGCCAAGUGGGCCAUCCUGCUUGAGGAAAUAGAGUGCACUGAGGAGGAGAUGAUGAUGUUCGCCGCUCUGCAGUACCACAUCAACAAGCUGUCAAUCAUGUCGUCAGGAAACCACAUGAACAACAGUGAGAAGGAGGUGGACGAGGUGGACGCUGCCCUGUCAGACCUGGAGAUCACCCUGGAGGGAGGCAAGACCUCCAACACCCUGGGUGAUAUCACGUCCAUUCCUGAACUGGCCGACUACGUCAAAGUCUUCAAAUUUGUGUGUAUUAGACCAAAAAAGCUGACACUGAAAGGCUACAAGCAGUACUGGUGCACAUUCAAGGACAUCACAAUUUCCUGCUACAAGAGCAAAGAGGAGGCUCAUGGGACACCCUCCCUCCAAAUGAAUCUAAGAGGUUGCGAGGUAACACCAGAUGUGAACAUUUCCAGUCAGAAAUUCAACAUCAAGUUGCUAAUCCCAGUGGCUGACGGCAUGAACGAGAUCUGGCUGCGGUGUGAUGCUGAGAAGCCAUAUGCCCACUGGAUGGCAGCGUGCCGCCUGGCCUCUAAGGGGAAGACCAUGGCAGACAGCUCCUAUAGCCUGGAGGUCCAGAACAUUCUAUCCUUCCUCAAGAUGCAGCACAUGAACCCUGACCCGCCAUUCAUCGCCGAGCCAGCUGUCACCAACGACAUCAACUCUGAGUGCCUGGUGUCGCCGCGCUACCUGAAGAAGUACAAGAACAAGCAGCCAGGCUAUAUCAGGGACCUGAUUUCGGCCCGGAUCCUAGAGGCCCACCAGAACGUGGCCCAGAUGAGUCUGAUCGAGGCCAAGAUGCGCUUCAUCCAGGCAUGGCAGUCCCUGCCUGAGUUUGGCAUCACUCACUUCCUGGCCAAAUUCCAGGGUGGGAAGAGGGACGAGCUGAUUGGCAUCACCUACAACCGUCUCAUCCGGAUGGAUGCCAGCACCGGAGACGCCAUCAAGACCUGGAGGUUUGCCAACAUGAAGCAGUGGAACGUCAACUGGGAGAUCAAGAUGGUCACGGUGGAGUUUGCAGACGAGCCUAGCCUGGCUUUCAUAUGUGCGGAGGUGGACUGUAAGGUGGUACAUGAGUUCAUCGGAGGCUAUAUCUUCCUGUCCACGCGCGCCAAAGACCAGAACGAGUCUCUGGAUGAGGAGAUGUUCUACAAGCUGACCAGCGGCUGGGUCUGAGUCUGACUACCUGACCCCCUGGGUCAGAGUUUAGGGAAGUUGGGAGUCGUCCCCCUCCCAUGACCCCUCUCCACUCACCCAUCCCGCUCCAAUGCACUGGGGACAGCAGCCUCUUCCUCAAGCAGCUAUCACAUGUCAUCAGGAGACCUCUCCAUUCCAAAGACUCUUUCUUAAUCCCCCUUCUACUCUGACUCCCCUGAAGGAACUGAUCAAAUUGACCCUUCAACCUCAUCGUAAUCUGACUAGCCCACAAAACCAUGUAUGAGUUCGUAUGAAGAAUCACAUUAUUUAUUUAUCCCUGUUUUGUUUUAUUGUUGUCAUUUUGGUGAGGUGUGGUACUGUUCGGAGUCUUUGAAGUGGUGUGUUGUGGUUUGUGUACUGCCUGACAUCCUGUGUUAUGAUACUGUCUAAUUUAUGCUGCAGAGUGCCACCUCACUCUCACGUAUUGUACAUCCACAUAUUCACUCAGUUUGGUGUGACUAUAGGCAGUAGUAAUCUGCAGAGUAAGAGUAUCAGCAAAACAGUGACACACUUUUACUUUCUCAGCAGAGACAGGAAGUGAUAUGAGGUAGUUUCCUUCCGUCGUUAAGGAAAGGCUAAGGAACGCAGAGCUCAUGGAGAGAAUUGGGCACUGUGUCCUCUCCACUCGAUGAAGGAUUCUCACUUUAAUCUAACUAGUCCAUAUGAAGUCACACUUCUGCAGUAAGCACUUCUCCAGUAUAUGUAUGAUCCCUGGUCACACUUUAUUUGGAUAGUCUGGAUUUUCCAUCUGUGGAGGCUCUACAGAUAGCAUGGCCAUCUGUUGAUAAGCAACUGCUUGCUGAGGUAACAGUUAGGGUAAUGGUUAAGUGUAGAAUUAGGGUUAGGGGAGUCUGUAGCGCAUCCCUUAAUGAAUAAGCUGUAGUUCAAUUCAUUGUUCUUUUUGUUUGAGCAUACCUCCAGUGAGUGUCUCCUAUCCUCUGUGUGAAACACUGCAUACAACAGCUAACAAGUGUGCUUGGAGAGUUUAAACAGCCUUGGUAUACACCUACUGUAGCGCUUCUCUGUCUGCAUUAGUUAACAUGUCAGCACAACAGGAGCUCAAGCAGGGUGAAUGUCCUGUAGUUUCUUAUCUGUAAACCGCUGAAUAACCAUGCCUAGUUCUCAUAGCUACUCUCAAGGUUGAAGGGGUCACUCAAGGAUACUCUGAGGUGGAAUUUUAAUGGGCCAGUUCUGAGGCAAUUACUUAAUGUAAUUAAGAAUGUUGUCAUGGAACAUGUGGUGCCCAAAUGAUUUGCUCAGAUACAUACUGCCAGCCAUAGGGUUGUCCAGCGUCCACAGCAUGAAGGAAAGACCUCCGCUCUGCCUUGAGACUCAGACCCUUGCAAAUGCAUUGUGCGUGUGUAGUACAGCAGGAGGGAUAUUACCAUUAAUAACAGCAUUCCCAAGUGCAGCCUCUUUUAAAUGCCAUUCUUUAUCUUACACCAUAUAGUGUUAUUAUUCAGCACCAUUAUCAUUAUUACGCACCAGCAACAGGUCACCAAGUUUGAAGAAUUAAUUAUGCAAAGUAUUUUUUCUUUGCCCUCUGUAUGAACGAACAUUAAUUAAAGUAUUAGUUUUUUGUAACUAAUGUAAAAACACAGGUUUUAUAGAAUUGUACAGUUCUUUUGUUGCUGCUUUUUUUCCCUUGUUUUUUUGGGAAGUGUGUUUUUGUUUGCAGAAAAGAGAGGGAAAGCCAUCUGUCAACAUUAUGAAAAUGUGUGCCUGCCAAUGUUACGGUCUUAUUGAGUUUAACAUGAAGAUAUAUAUAUAUAUGAAGAUAUCACUAGUCUCAAACUCCAGGUUGUUUGGGAUUUAAUUCAGAUUUUUCUCACACUAGAUAUUAUUACCCAAACAUUGAUAAAAGGGCUUUUCAAUGUACUUUUUUCUUGUUGCCUCUCCUAUAAGCUGAAUUACAUUGCUAUUCUAUAUUCUUGCAUUUUUUUGGGGACUGAUCUUACUCUCUAGCUCUGUCAACUACCACCAAUGACACAUCCCUAGGCUGCCAAACCCUUACUCUGCUGUCAGUGCCUUUUCAAAAAUGUAUCACUUCAUUUUCAGAUUUGAUAACUAUUGUAGCUUUUAAUUGAAUAAUGUUUUUGGUAUGAAGGAGACACUUUUUGUUAAAGUACACCUUGGAGUUUGAGACAAACGGCCGUAAGUGAACUGAAGUAAAAGAAGCAAACUUAGCCUAGUUUUUUCCUCCUAUAACAGUUGUUUGUUUGCCUCCAAUGUCCAGAGCAGCAGUGCAUGGCUGGCUGUUUUCAGACUGUAAAAAAAAUGCAUUUAUUUAAAAAAAAUAAAAGUUUUUAUUUAA